CUCUUGGUCUUCUUGUAUUGGUCAGAUCAGAGAGAGCAUUUUGGGGUGGGGGAGAGAAAAGAAAAUGAGCGGAGCCGGAAAGAAAGUGGCGGAUGUGGCAUUCAAAGCUUCGAGGACGAUAGACUGGGAUGCUAUGGCUAAGGUUCUUGUCUCCGAUGCGGCUCGCAAAGAGUUCUCAAGUCUUCGUAUUGCUUUCGAUGAGGUUAACUCUCAGCUCCAGACCAAAUUCAGCCAGGAGCCGGAACCCAUUGACUGGGAUUUGUAUAGAAAAGGGAUUGGGUCUGGCAUAGUUGACAUGUACAAAGAAGCUUAUGACAGCGUUGAAAUCCCCAAGUAUGUGGACAAUGUAACUCCUGAAUACAAGCCCAAGUUUGAUGCUUUGUUGGUAGAACUGAAAGAAGCAGAGCUAAAAACCCUAAAGGAAUCUGAGCGACUGGAGAAAGAAAUCAUUGAUGUCCAAGAGAUUAGCAAAAAGCUAAGCACAAUGACAGCGGAUGAGUACUUUGAGAAACAUCCAGAGAUAAAAAAGAAGUUUGAUGAUGAAAUCCGCAACGACUACUGGGGAUACUGAGAGCAUUAUUUCGAAAAAACACUCUCUACUUUGUCUUCACUGUGAAUUUGUGAAGCUUAUAUCAUAACAAUAAGCAGUGAUUUUCUACCGAUAGACUCCUUUGGUUUGAGUUUAGCAAAUUCACAACGUUUUUCUUUUUCUUUAA